GCCUAACAAUUGAAAACUUCCGGUUGCUCUGUCAUACUAGACGUUGUUUAACUGAUACCGUUGAAUCACAUUCAGGAGAAAAUGGUACAUGGUUCUUCGUUUUGACUUGGUGGAAACUAUACUGCGCAUAAUAAUGUUCUCAUCAUUUGGACAUGUCUUUCCGGACCUUCCCCUGGGACGGACAUUCUCAACAACGUAUAGAUGUUACAGUGUUACAGUGCUUGCCGACAGAGAGGAUGUCGAGAGAGGAGGCAAAAUUAUCAUGCCUCCAUCUGCACUGGACCAGCUGACACGUUUAAACAUUCAGUAUCCCAUGUUGUUCAAGCUGACCAACAAGCAGACAAGAAGAGAGACACAUUGUGGAGUCUUAGAGUUUGUGGCAGAUGAGGGACGAAUCUAUAUUCCAUAUUGGAUGAUGCGUAAUCUGCUGCUAGAUGAAGGUGGCCUGGUACAGGUGGACAAUGUCUCACUGUCUGUUGCUACAUUUGCUAAAUUUCAACCACAGUCACCAGAUUUCUUAGACAUCACAAACCCUAAGGCAGUAUUAGAAAAUGCUUUGCGGAACUUUGCUUGUCUAAGUCAAGGAGAUGUUGUGGCCAUCAAAUACAAUGAGAAGGUAUAUGAGUUGUGCGUACUGGAGACAAAACCUGGCAAGGCUGUGUCCAUCAUUGAGUGUGACAUGAAUGUAGACUUCGCCCCUCCUGUCGGUUAUCAAGAACCUCAGAAACAGCAGACAGCUGAAAACCGUGAGUCACAUGAAGAUGCUCAGGCCAUGGACAUUGAAAAAGAUGUUAUACCAGCUUUUAGACCAUUCAUAGGACAAGGAAACCGCCUGGAUGGAAAAAAGAAAGGGACAGAAAGUUCACCUCUGCCUCAGGCAUCAGCAGCUCAAAGAGGCAUCCCCAACUACAACCACAAGCGGGGAACUAUCACCUUUAUCCGCACUGUGCGUCCAGUGGCUAAUGGCAGCUCAGAGGAUACAAGUGACAAGCAAUUUGAAGCUUUUUCAGGUGAAGGACAAAUUUUGCGACGCAAGAGUAGAAAGUGAAAGUACUGCUGGAAACUAUGAAUGUGAUGUUUGAAUUAUUGAAACAAGAUCAUCAUUAAAUUAUGGCUAUUCUGUGGUAAAGUUCUUUAAAAUGAAAAUAGGUGGUCAUGUUUUAUCUGUAAGAAUGAAAAGAUUUGGUUUGUUAAAGCUAAUUGGUGGGAAGAACAUUGCUAACUCUGUGCAUCAAAUGUAGCACAUCUGCCUUUUGCUCUGAAGCUUUAGGACCAGUGUGUCAGAGCUUUUAAUUAACAGCUACAAGAAUACUUUUUUCAUAGGGCAAGGAUACUAGCAUUUUCUCUAAACAUCCACAGUUGUUUCUGUUUAUAAUAAUGAUCUGUAAACAUCAUAGGUCUUGAAGUUUGUAUUGAAAAGAUGAUGAAGGCAAGUCCCGAUAAAGGAAACUUGGUUAAGUCCCUUUUUCCCACAAGGGCCAGAUCAGCAACUUGAAAAGUUUUUUUUUGGAGCACUUCAUGUGUAGGGAAAACCAUUACUACUCACACUAAUCCAAAUAUAGACUUUCUUCUUUCUAUAGAAUUGCUUACAUGCAUGCGCGCGCACACACACACGUCUUGAGAUUUAAAAGGUCAAAGAGUAUGAGCAAUGUAAGCUAACAGGUAAUUUUUUCAAGUUGAUGGAGCUUAAGUAAAAAAAAAAAAAUUUUGUCCAUAUUUUUUUGGUCUAAGUUAAUGGGACUUGAAGCCUGGUGUCAUGCACGAAUAUAGAUAUGUGAGUUCAAGACAGGUACCAGGGUCCAGAGUAGUUCAGUGUGGGUAGAUCAUAGGCUACAUAGUCAGAUACCAGUGCCAGAAACAGCAGAGUAGUUGUGUGUGGAUAGUUUAUAGGUUAUACACUGAAUGAUGGAUAUUGUAUUCACAUCUGGACGAUCUGCAGAUGAGACAAGCAGCGUUGUUCUGAAUUCUGUGAAAUCAAGAAGAUACUUGUGGAUGUCUUCUAGCAGAGAAUUGCAAUAAUCAAUACUUGAGCAUGAAAGUACAGACUAGUGUUUUGAUUACAUUGGUAGCAAGAUAAUGACGAAUGGAACUAAUCCACCCACGUUUAAUGCAAGAAAUAUGAUGCAGGAAAGUCAAACUCUGAUCAAGGUACUUAAACUGCAGACAGAAGCAGAGAAAGAAAUUGAGGAACUAUGAAAAGAGAAUACCCAGAAGGGUGCUUACUGUUGCACAUACUUGCAAUGGGAUGAAAUUUAUAAAUACCUGAAGAAGCAAACCUUUGUACAGUUUCUGCAUAUGUCAGCUAAUAAUACUGCAUGUUUUCUUAUGAUGUAUACCAAAUAAAAAAAAUAUGUAAAAAGGA